UUGUGAAAGGCAAGAAAGAAGGAGGCGGCGUCGCCACCGCUCAGCCCUCAGCCAGCCAGCCCUGCCUUCCCAAAAAGGGUGGGCCUUUUGGAGAGGAUCCCUAGCUCUCGUGUGAGUGUGUGUGAGCGUGUGUAUAUAUGUGUGUAUGUUGUGUAUUGGCAGCGGGGUAAGUGGAGGCUGGGUGGCUCCGACUCUCUGACGCCAGUGAGACCAGAUCAAUCCAGGAACAGCAGCGGCGGAGAAGAAGAAGAAGGAGAAAGCGGGAGGGAAGAAAGGCAGGCAGGCAGGCGCAAAAAGCAGCCGCAUUCACAGCAUCCACACGGGGGAAAGGAGAGGAACAGCAGCGGAUAUUCUUCCCCUUUUAUUUUCCCUGGAGGAGGGGAUUCGCCGCCUCGACUUCGGCACCGGUGCCUUCCUCAGAUUUGGAAACCAAAGAUUAGAGAAAACAUCUGUCAAGCUGGAAUGUUAGUUUCACUUUUCGAGACCUCUGGAUCAGAAAGCAUAAAGGGGUAAUACAAACUCACUGAAGAUUAUAGUUGCAAACUCUUCAGGAAUAGUUUUUCUAGAACUUCUGUGUGGGUAUUCCUUCCGCGUCGUCACCAUGAAUGUGACAAGCUUGUUCUCCUUUACAAGCCCAGCUGUUAAGAGACUGCUGGGAUGGAAGCAAGGAGACGAAGAGGAAAAAUGGGCAGAAAAGGCUGUCGAUGCUCUAGUUAAGAAGCUGAAGAAGAAAAAAGGAGCCAUGGAAGAGUUAGAGAAAGCAUUGAGUUGUCCAGGUCAGCCCAGCAACUGUGUCACUAUUCCCCGUUCAUUAGAUGGCCGGCUCCAGGUCUCCCAUCGGAAAGGGCUACCACAUGUGAUUUAUUGCCGUGUGUGGCGCUGGCCAGAUCUGCAGAGUCAUCAUGAACUUAAACCACUGGAAUGCUGUGAGUUUCCCUUUGGUUCAAAGCAGAAGGAAGUUUGCAUCAACCCCUAUCAUUACAAGCGAGUGGAAAGUCCAGUUCUUCCUCCGGUGCUUGUACCCAGGCACAGUGAAUACAACCCACAGCACAGUCUUCUGGCUCAGUUUCGCAACCUUGGGCAAAAUGAACCUCACAUGCCGCACAAUGCUACUUUUCCAGACUCUUUCCAGCAGCCCAACAGCCAUCCAUUUCCUCAUUCACCCAACAGCAGCUACCCAAACUCCCCUGGAAGCAGUAGUGGCACUUAUCCUCAUUCGCCUGCCAGUUCGGACCCAGGAAGUCCUUUCCAGAUGCCAGCUGAUACUCCUCCUCCUGCUUACCUACCUCCAGAUGAUCAAAUGACACAGGAUGGGACACAGCCAAUGGACACCAACAUGAUGGCACCUUCAAUUCCUCCAGAAGUAAACAGAGGAGAUGUUCAGGCAGUUGCUUAUGAAGAGCCGAAACACUGGUGCUCUAUUGUCUACUAUGAGCUCAACAACCGUGUUGGCGAAGCGUUUCAUGCCUCUUCCACAAGCGUCUUGGUGGAUGGCUUCACUGAUCCUUCCAACAACAAGAAUAGAUUUUGCCUUGGGCUGCUCUCUAACGUUAAUCGGAAUUCCACCAUUGAGAACACCAGGCGGCAUAUUGGCAAAGGAGUUCACCUGUAUUACGUUGGUGGAGAAGUCUAUGCAGAGUGCCUUAGUGACAGUAGUAUAUUUGUGCAAAGUCGAAACUGCAAUUACCACCAUAGUUUCCACCCAACCACGGUUUGCAAAAUUCCAAGUGGCUGCAGUUUGAAGAUUUUCAAUAACCAAGAGUUUGCUCAGCUUCUGGCUCAGUCAGUGAAUCAUGGCUUUGAAACAGUGUACGAACUCACUAAGAUGUGCACUAUCCGGAUGAGUUUUGUAAAGGGUUGGGGAGCAGAGUAUCACCGGCAGGAUGUCACAAGCACGCCAUGUUGGAUUGAGAUUCACUUGCACGGACCCCUCCAAUGGCUGGAUAAAGUUCUCACGCAGAUGGGCUCCCCUCACAACCCAAUCUCUUCUGUAUCUUAAAAGGAUCCGGAGCAACUAGACUUCAGACACUAUUGAGCCUUGCAUGUACUUGAAGGAUGUAUGAGUCAGACACAUGUACAAAACUGGCAGCAGCCUUUAUUAUACUUGACUUCUGUGACCAACUGUUAGAUCAGGAGGGAAAAAAGCCGCUACUAAGUUGUUGGUAUUAAGACUCUUAGUUUACAUAGUAGUUUAUCUCUUGCAGGGCAGUGUGUAAUAGCUAGGGAUGACCAAGUCAGUUGAAUCAGAAGGACAUUGUUCUCAAACAAUCUAAUCUAGCAAAAAAAAAAAAAAAGACCCCACUCUAGAGCUUCCAUUGUGUUUUGUGUCCUGGAAUGAGUGCCAAAAAGUUGCUGGUUACUCUCUCUUUUUCCAAACUAGUUUUUCAAGAGAUUGGAAAGCUAUUGGUUUUGGUAAUAGUUGCUCUCCUCUGAAAAAAAUUAAAGCUUCAGUGUAAUUUUAUGAAAUUGUGUACUGACCAUACUGCUGCAAGAAUUUUUAGGUAUGCUCUUUGCUAAAUGUAUGUACAGUGUAUUUGGAUAUUAGAGAUGGACUAGCCUAAGGACAUUAGAUAGUUCAGGGGUGGGAGGGAAGGGGAAGAGGACAAGGGCAGGUAGAACUAUAUUGUAAACAUAGCUUGUGAAACAAGUCCAAGUCUUGCUGUGUGCAUUUCAUUUUUCUAGUGGCUUCACCUUAAUACUGAUAUUUCUGCCCAUCCACAGCUUCACACAGCGAGUUGGGUCAAUCAAUGCUUUUGUCAUGUACUACAAGGUCUGUAUAUUUCAAGACAAACUGUACAGCCUUUUUAAGAUGGGGCAGUUUUGCGCAGUCCACAUAACGGAAAUAGCUGUUUCAUUUUGUAAGAGCUUUGUGUUUUGCCAAUGUAGCAGAUGUUAGCACAUAUUGGGAGGACUUAAACAAACCUAUUCAAGUGUUUCAGACUUAAGGUUAAUUUUUUACCAUUUUAAAUUGUUUUCUUUCUGCUAAUGUUUUUAUAUUCAUUCAAGCUGUAGUACUUUUUCCAGUAUUUUUUAUUCCAACACUUAGUGGUUCAUCUCUACUGAAAUUCAAAUAAACUUAUUGCUUACUUUGAUUAAAA